UUUGAUGAACGUCUCCAGAGUGAUGAGGGCACCCUGCUGCUGUUUUCCGCUGAUGUGUGCACGACUGGUGGAGGUGAAGCGUAUAUAUUCAGAGAGGUGACGGUCAGAGUGGACGGACGAGGCUCUUGGUACCACACUGUCUUAACACAGCAGCACACAUCAACAUGGAAGCAGCCAUCAACACUCUGACCACCCAGUUCAAGAGCUACGCUGGGAACGAUGGAUCCGCCAGCACCCUCAGCAAAGAGGAGUUCCGCAGUCUGGUGACUUCACAGCUGCCAAACCUGGUCAAGAACGCCAGCGACCCCGGAGUGAUCGACCAGCUCAUGGGCUCGCUGGACGCAAACAACGACGGCGAGCUGACCUUCACCGAGUUCUGGGAUCUGAUUGGGAAACUGGCGAGCAAAGAGGGAGGCUUCAGCCAGUAGAGCUCGCCAUCUUCUGUCACUCUGAGCCGAUUGUGCAACAAGCGACCAAUCGACUGGCCCUCCGGCUGUAAACACAGCAGCAUUUGAAAUUCUUUUAUCGCUACACCAGUGCCACAUCUGUAACUCUUUAGUUAACCAUUUGUUGAAUGCGGGGAACUUUGAAUUAAAGGCUUCAUUGUCGUUGAACCCUCAACCAAUCGA